AACCCAGACCCCACCCAGACCCCAGGAGCAGCAGUGACAGCGAGGAGACUUAAGCCCUGGGCCUGGGAGGCCCCUGCAUGUACCACUGGGCGGAGAUGCGCACCAAGAUGCGUCUCCUGGGCUUCAAGUCGGAAGCCGUGAAGCCGCUGAACGAGGACUCAGCGGCCGAGCUGGGCGCGGAGCUGCUGGGCGAGCUCACCAUCUUCAUGGUGGCCUGCAGCUGCCUGGUGCUGGAGUACCGGCGCCAGCAGGCCAACCACCGGCGCAAGGUGAAGGAGCGGCGCGCCGCCUGGAGCUCGCUGCGGGACGAGGUGGACCACCUGGCGCUGGCGCUCGAGGCGCUGCAGGCGCAGAUGCAGGCGCUGGCGCCGCCGCCCGGCGCGCUGGAGGAGCUGCAGGCGCAGAUGCGGGACGUGCGCGCCCAGCUCGGCGCCCUGAGCGCGCCGCCCGCGGCACCCAAGUUGGAGGAAUGAGAGCGCGCCGCGUCCGUCCGGCUCCGGCGAGCCUGCGGUCGGGCUGCGCGUCUGACGUGGCCUCCACCACAGCCCCUUCCUGAGCUGGCCCCGAGCAGGCCUUCCGGGUCCGGCCUGGGGCUGACGCAGCCAGGCUUCGGCCACCUCCCUAGCAACCCCCUCGACAGGCACCGGACCCCUGCCUCCCUGCCCCCCGCCAGGUUUAGUCCCUGGAACUGGAAAAGCAGGGUCAGCCAUUCACCCGCAGCACACCUGGGCUCCUGGCUUCAGUCACUCACCACAUUCACCCGUGGGUGGCCUUCCCUAGGGACCCUCAGCCAUCACACCAGGACACCCAGUGUCCCUUCAUUGGUUAAGGCCAUAGCAGUGAACAGACUCUGGCAGAACCCCCAGCCCCCCCAGGGAAGAUGGAAGAGCAUUGGCUCCAGUGAGGCACCCUGGGGCUCCUGCCUUUAGCCCGCCCUUGGCAUCCCAACUGGGGACCUCCCCUCCUUAAAGAGGAGCCUCCCACCCUCAGAGCCUCAACCUCAACGCGUUAGUCUUUGCACAUCCUCUGAGCCAAAGUCUGUGGCGCCUUCUGGGUCACUGUCCUGCAGCCAUCUUCAUCCAGACCUGCCUCUGGUUGAUCCCCCAGUUCCAUGGGGCCUCCUCCCUUGGGACCACCUGCCCCUCAGCCUGGAAGUUCCCCAGCCCCAUUCCAGUGGAACAUUCCACCAGGCAGAGUUCCCCACUCCUGGCCAACCCACUGAACUCCUGAGGGGGGUGUGUGAGCUCUGUGACUUCUGAAUUCUACUUUUUUUUAGUUUGUAAAUGUUUCGU